AUGUCUGCAGUGCCACCUAGCGGUAGUCGAGGGAGUAGGAAGCUCAAAGUUCGCACUGGAUGCAUUACCUGCAAGCUACGCAAGGUCAAGUGCGACGAGGGCAAGCCUUUUUGCAGGCGCUGUAUUGAUUAUGGUCGCGAAUGUGAUGGUUAUACUACACCGAAAUGGAUGCCACUUGACAUUGUCACCGGUCGUCAGGUCAUGUCGUUGGUGCAGCGGCGUCCUGUUAUCAAGGCUCCGGCUCUUCGACCUCUAGCUCCAGCAGGACCAGAUAUAGAUGUCGCUUUUCUAUCACAGUCGCUUUCUGGUGAGGAACGUCAAUGGCUUGAGUUCUUCAGUAUCCGAACAGGGCCUGCACUUUCAAGCGAUUCCAGUAGAUCUUUCUGGUCGUAUACUCUGCCCCAAUUGAGUGUCUCAGAACCAGCCGUUCGUCAUGCUCUGCUUGCGCUUGGUUCAGCUCAUGCUCGGUUCGAAGCUGCGGCAGCAGAUGAACGGUUGAUCACCACUGUUGUUGGUCUUGACUUUGUUCUAUGGCAUUACAACAAGUCCAUCAUCUCCUUGCAAAAGCUUCUGAAGAAGAACAACAUGGGAACUGAUGUGGUCUUAUUAUGCUGUCUACUAUUCAUCUCCCUGGAAUGUCUCGAUGGCAACGGGAAUGCCAUAAUAGGUCAUCUACAGAACGGUUUGAAUAUACCACAAUCGGCACAGUCUCCUGAGACAUCGUCCAACGCGAGAAUGUCAUCAAUAAUGCAUCAAGUUCGCCCUCUCUUCACCGGGUUGAACGCGCAAACAAUACUUCUCGGACAACCAGCUCAUUAUGCAGCUGUUGACAUGGACGUCAUGCCAUCGCUGUCCGUACUAACGCGUUUCGACAACUUCGAAGACGCCAGGAUAUCUCUUGACGUUCUCGUGACCUCAACUCUGGCCUUCGUCCAUAAUAUCCACGACAAUAUUUAUUGGACAGGAUCGUGCCCCCGAUCAGCGGGAGCUCAUCAGAGAUAUCUUCAGGGACAAUUUCUGGUCUGGAGCCGCAGUGUGGCCGCUCUUGUCAAGUCUUGCAAGCCUUUCACAGCUUACGACAACGAACGCGAGAAACUGCUCCGUGUACAGCACACGGCAGUCUCUGUCUGGCUAUCUCGCAGCACCAGACUUGAUGAGGUCAGCUGUGAUGAUUACAUAAAGGAGUUUCACUCAAUUGUCAAAUGGUCGAACAUCUUAGCCAGCCCGAUCCUGACGAGGUCUCAGGGAUCCUUUCUGGCAGGCAGGCUUGCAUCCUUGACCGCCGGAGGAUCAGCGAAGUUUUCACUCCACAUGGCAUACAUUGCUCCUCUGUACUUUGUCGCGCUCAAAUGUCGUGUUCCAGGCAUCAGGCGAAAUGCUGUUGCUAUUUUGGAGAAAACCCACGGUAGAGAAGGCUUAUGGGACGCGAAACUACAUGCUCGAGUCGCUAGACGUGUCAUCGAGAUAGAAGAGAGCAGCACUUUGUUGUCCCGUGGAGCGAUACAGGUGUCCAUGGAGAAUGGACCAUUGAUGCGAAUGCAAGCAGAUGGUGAAUUUAAGAUGCUGGAUGAGCUCCCUCAUGAACGUUUUCGAGUGCACGAUGCGGAGAUUCGAGGGGUUUCCAAGGGAUUGCGCGCGAUUUGUCGUGUGGUCUUUCACACGGCCCCAUAUGGACUCCUAGCAGGCUGGAAAGUAUGGGAAGAAGUGAUCCAUCUCUAA